UGUAUGAUUUGCACUUUAAUGACUGUUUUAUCAUGACUUAGUCUGAUUUAAACUUACACAAUUCUUAUGUACACUUUCUAGUUACUCUAGUUCUUAUUUAUUCUUAUUGACACAUCGUUACUAUUUACACUAAUUGUCAUUGUUCACUGUAAUAUUAAUUCCCAUUAUUUGCACUUUAAUUCCAAUUUUUUGUACACUUUCUUGAAUUCUUCACUCAUUCUUUUCACACUAAUUCCCCUUUAUUUUGUCUUCUUCAUUUAUUCUUUGAUUUUAAUUCUUAUUCUUUACACCGUAAUUCAUAUUCUUUCUUCUGGACUAAUUGUUUUGGGACAAAUGCGAGCAGCUCGUGAUGUCACUUCCGGUUACGUGCUGGGAUGGAAAAAAAAUUCGAUGGAAGUUUUUUUCCAUCAUCAUCAUCAUGAAAGUCGUCUGCAACGCCGCGCUCGUCUCCCGCCGCCGUCUUGGUGCCGCCGUGCUGCCGCUGCUCCUGAUUGGCUACGUCUGUCCUGGGGAGGCGGGACCCGUCAGUCAGUCGUUCAGCAAAGUUUUGAGGAGUCCGGCGACCUAUCGGGCUGCAGAGGAAGUCUCACUACACGCUCAGCACGCUGAGACGGCAGAGGAGUCCAACAUCAGACUGAACGUUCCGGUCAACAGCGAUAUGGACCACAUGAGCAUCUGCUGCCUGCACGCCAACAUCCUGGACUUCUACCUGAACAACAUCCUCAAUCACUUUGACGACCAGGAUCCCAGAAUGCACCAGCUGCACUCCGACCUCGGCAGAGUCAGCUUUGACCUUAAGGAACGUGGAUGUAACGUGGUGCACUACCGAGACCACCAGCACACUGUGCAGUUCCGCAAUAAGCUGGCCAAGAUGGAACAUGGGCGUGGCCUGAACAAGGCGAUGAGCGAGGUGAACAUUCUCUUUGCGUAUCUGCACGACAGCUGCGUGAGCGCCACCCACUGAAGCACAACUACAACCUUAUUUAUUGGCUUAUUUAACCUAUUUAUAUGGCUGUUACCAUCGAGACAAUUGUGUUACAGUAACAGAUCAAAUAAACUUACUUUUUACAACAAGAAAUACAAAACU